AUGCUAACCCUAGAAGAAUGUGAGGAGGUAUGCAUGGGAAUGGGAACACUUUCGGUGCGCGAUGCCGUCGUCUCCGCCGCAAAUGUGCUCAUGGUCGCGCUUCUGAAAAUGAAUCGGCUCUUCGUCCCCGCGUUUCUGCGAUGGAGGCGCGCUGUGCGGUGGCGACAGAUCCAAAAUGCCCGACAGGACCUCGAGAGGGAGAAGGAAAAGGAGCGAAGGGCUUUGGCGAGGGAGGAGAUACAGAUGCACCGUGCGAAGAAUGGAGUGGGCAUUCUCGAGAGGAUCUCACGCGUGGUGGGUACGGGCACGAAGGAACCGUACACAACGCAGGAACCGUUGCUGCCGAGCAAUGGUACGCAUGAGCCACACUUGCCGCUGCGAAACAGCGCCGGCGGAAUUGGAUCUGGCACUCCAGCCCAGUCGCGGCCAUCACGACCAGCACAGCGGCAGGAGCGCCGCGCUCGACGUCAAUCUCGUGAUGAUAGGGCUGAAGGCAGCGCAAGCGGCGAACCUGCUCACGCUGACGCUGGAAAUGAGGACGAGGAAGGGUUGGACGAAAUUCAGGCUGCAGCAGAAUCCUUUUUCUCACGAGGCAGCUCAUCACGCAGCGCAUCACGCAGCUCAUCAGCUCAACAGGGUGAUUCCGAAGGAGGCAAUACAAUCGACGUCUUCGAGAGACGCGUACAACAGCUCCAACUGGAACGGGCGCAGGACGUGUACAUGGGAGUGUACACGUCUGUGGGGACUACUUUUGUGACGUUCGCCAGUAUCGUUAUCUACAGCACGGUGAUAAUAUCGCUUGUUCUUGCCCUGUUCCCUUUUGAGAGAGGGCAGGCUGUGAUCUUCUCAUUCUCGCUAGUUGCAACAGCUCUGGUGUCAGAGUCUGAAGUUCUUCGAAAAGGAAAGACUGAAGAAGAGAAGAAGAAGGAAAAGGAAUCAAAAAUGAAGGACCUGAAAAACUUUCGAUACAAAUCUAAGGCCCCGAAAGGCGGUGCGAAUAAUCUGGAGGCUAUGGAAAAUGCCGAUCACGAAGCGGAUGACGUAGAAGACUUUAGCGAUCUUGAUUGA